AUGCCGGCCUUGGCAUGCGUAGAUGCUGCUGCCACCCCUCCCCCUGGGUACGCGUUUGCCAGGCAUCCUAGCUCUCUUCUCGCGCCGGAGGCAUUCUCCGGCGGCGCUCCACCGGCGGCGAACGCCGCCUCCCCUAUCUUCGACUCUGUCUCCUGUCGCUGGUCGACGGAGCUAUCUGCCGAGCUCUACAAGAUCGACGGAUGGGGAACCCCGUACUUCUCCAUCAACGCAUCCGGCAACAUUUCUGUUCGUCCACAUGGCUCGGAGACUCUUCCGCACCAGGAGAUCGAUCUCAUGAAGGUUGUCAAGAAGGCCUCCGGCGGCAAAUCCGCCGGCGGGCUCGGCCUCCAGCUUCCUCUCAUCGUCCGAUUCCCGGAAGUUCUGCGGAACCGCCUCCACUCCCUUCAGGCUGCCUUCGACUCUGCGAUCAAAUCCUACGGCUAUGAUUCGCACUACCAGGGCGUGUAUCCCGUCAAGUGCAACCAAGACCGUUUCCUCGUUGAGGAUAUCGUGGAGUUUGGUUCGCCUUUCAGUUUCGGCCUCGAAGCUGGUUCCAAGCCGGAGCUUCUCCUCGCCAUGAACAGUCUCACCAAGGGAAGCCCCGAAGCGCUCCUGAUCUGCAACGGGUACAAGGACGAAGAGUACGUCUCCCUCGCCCUGACUGCUCGGAGGCUGGACCUCAAAACGGUGAUCGUCCUCGAACAGGAGGAAGAGCUCGACACCGUCGUGGAGGUUAGUCGAGCUCUCGGCAUCCGGCCGGUGAUUGGCCUCCGGGCGAAGCUGCGAACCAAGCACUCUGGCCACUUCGGUUCUACAUCGGGCGAGAAGGGAAAGUUUGGUCUCAACACCAUGCAGAUCCUCUCGGUGGCGAGGAAACUCGAGAAGAUGGAUAUGCUGGAUUGCCUCCAACUUCUGCAUUUCCACAUCGGAUCCCAGAUCCCGUCGACGGCCUUGUUGGCCGAUGGUGUGGGGGAAGCUGCGCAGAUAUACUGCGAGCUAUCGCGGCUCGGCGCGAACAUGCAAGUCAUCGACGUCGGCGGCGGCCUUGGCAUCGACUAUGACGGUUCCCGUUCCGGCGGCUCCGAUAUGUCGGUUGGGUACAGUCUCGACGAGUACGCGGCUGCCGUCGUCCGGUCCAUCAUGAAAGCUUGCGACAGGAAGUAUGUCCGGCACCCAGUCAUCUGCAGCGAGAGCGGGAGAGCGCUGGUAUCGCACCACUCCAUCCUCGUGUUCGAGGCUGUCUCCUCGGCUCCGUCGGACUACGCCCCUCACAACCUCGAGCUGGCGCAUCUUAUGGAGGAGCUCGGAGACGAGUGCCGUACGCAUUACAGAAAUCUGAUGGCUGCUGCCGUACACGGCGACUGGGACACCUUCUCGGCGUCCGCGGACAAGCUCAAGAGGCAAUGCAUCGAGAUGUUCAAGGAUGGCUCCCUCAACCUGGAGCACCUGGCGGCCGUCGAUGGUGUCUGCGAGCUGGUGGCGAAGUCGAUGGGUGUCUCCGACCCGGUGCGCACGUACCAUAUCAACCUCUCCGUAUUCAAGUCGGUGCCGGACUUCUGGGCCAUCGGCCAGCUCUUCCCCGUGCUGCCGAUCCACCACCUCGACCGAAGGCCAGCGGUGAACGGCGUGCUCUCAGAUCUCACCUGCGACAGCGACGGGAAGAUGGACACCUUCAUCGGAGGCAAGUCGAGCCUCCCUCUGCACGAGAUCGGAGGGGGAGGCGGUUACUAUUUGGGAAUGUUCCUAGGCGGUGCCUACCAAGAAGCCCUCGGCGGGCUCCACAACCUGUUCGGCGGGCCGAGCGUCGUGCGGGUCUCGCAGAUCGACGGCCCCCACUCCUUCGCCGUCACGCGGGCGGUGCCGGGCCCUUCCUGCGCCGACGUCCUGCGGGCGAUGCAACACGAGCCGGAGCUCAUGUUCGAGGCGCUCAAGCGCCGCGCCGAGGACUGUGCGGCCGCUGGCGGGGACGCCCUCGCAUGUGGCCUGGCGCGCGCCUUCCACUCCAUGCCUUAUCUCGUCUGCGCGGGCGGUGAGGCCCACGUUGACGUGGCCGACUGCGUACUCGUCGCCAACAGUGACGACGACGACUCCGCCCCUUCACGUUACGGCUCUACCGACGGUCUCUCUUCCAUGUUAUCCUCCGCCUGUAGCGACGAGGAGUGGGAUCUGUUCACCGCCUGA